AUGAACUUAAUGGUAAAAUAAUGACAGAGUUUGUUAAGUUAAGAUCUAAAUUAUAUACAUAUAAAAUAUUUGAAAAUAAAAAAGCAAAAGAUGUGAAAAAACCUAUAGUAAAAAAUGAAUUAUGUUUUAAUGAUUUUUAUAAUUGUUUAAACAAUAAAAACCCAAAAUAUGUAAAACAGAACAUUUUUAGAACAGAUAAAAAUGAAAUUUAUAUUGUUGAACAAAAUAAAAAAGCCCUAAGUGUAUAUGAUGAUAAAAGAUAUAUUCUAGAAAAUGGUAUUGAUACUGUAGCUUGGGGACAUUAUUCAACUAAAAUAAAAAGAGACAAUUUCAGAGAAUACCUUGAUAAUUUAAUAAAAAAAAAUAAUAAAAAAUAUUGUUAA